UGACAACACCAUGACGGGCUGCUCUAUUCGCAGAUGCCGCCCUCGGCGAAGACUCUCGUCGGCACGACCGGGAUUACCCGGCACUGUGGGCAUUGAGUCGUGUAGAUGCAGAGCGCAUUGUCAAUUUUCAUAGUAUUCUCAAUCUUCACAAAGCCGAGCCAUGGAUCUCAUGAGUCAGAGAAUAAUGUCGAAGCUAUUGGAAGUGCAGCAAUCAAGGAUGGAAUGUCUUAGCGUGUGCAUGGCGAUGCAGAAGCUUCUUCCAAGGGAACUCCGGGAUAUGGUAUUCGCAUAUCUAUUGUUCGAGGAUGGCGUUCACGCUCGACUAUUCCAUUACUACGACACUCUCGAUCCGAAAGCACCAAGACACUACUGGAACAAGGAAUUCACAGGAGACGCAACCCUUCGCGAGCUCACGGAAUCUUGGUACAGCUCUGUUCGAUUCGAUUUCGAUAGGAGUCUUAAUUUUCUACCGCACCUGUUGGCUCAGGUCGACAGUACCCUGCAAUGUAAGCGACAAGAGUUGAUCAGGAGAGCGAGCUUCAAGAUCUUGCAAUGCGACUUGGAUAUGUGGCUGGCAGCAGACGCAAACGGCAUUCCUUCGCCGCAGAGUCUACUACUCAAGAACAUGGAGUACUUGUUCCUACUUCGACCAGGCGCUAAAGUCACGAUUAUACUUGAAUCUCCGCUGCCCUGGUUUUCCGAGUCGAAAAAUUUGCAAGAGCGCCAAUCACAUUUCCUGGCCCGCGUGCUUGACAUCAUCUUUCCGACUCUGGUACGAUUACAACAAGCUGGCUAUUCGCUAGCUGUCUGUAUUGAUCCCGGCUCGAACGUACAAUUCCAGGAUGGACAGCAAAUCUGGCGGUACGAGCUCAAGAAUUUGAUUACACCCGGCAACGCGCACUUCUCCUGUAAAGGUUUCGUGGAACGUUUUCUGAAUGUAGGCAGGGAUGUGGAGAAGGAUUGCAAUAUCAAAGCUACAACGAGCAGGAUGAUGGAAGAAAGUUGAGAUAAAAAUCGGGUCCCAGGCAUGCCGGCUGAAGAAGGAGCGGUCGGUCAAUAUUGCCGAAUAUCGGAACUCACAACAAACCAAGAAUUUCCGCACAGCUGCAAUGAAUCACCACAGAACCGGAAUGGCGGAGGACAUGUCAUGUCAAGCAACGGAUGUGACCUUAAAGGCACGCGCCAAGC